AUAAAAUAUAAUAAGAUAAAGUAAAACCAAUUAAAAUACAAAUAAAAUAAAACAAAAAAUAAAGCGACAUAAAACAGAAGUAAAAUAAAAAGUAAUCAAAAAAAAAGCAUCACAAUCCCUUUCAACACUCAACCAUGGAGCCUUCGAUGCAACCAGAGGGUGUCGUGGUGCGCCGUCGCCAUCGCAAGCUAACUCGUCCCCAGCGUGAAAAGACGCCCGAUCCCUCAGCAAAACCAAACGGUCGACGUCGCUACUCAGAAGAUGAAAGCAGUCCCAUUGACGGUACCACUGCUUCUGAAGAAACUGCCGGCGUGCAAACCAUACGCAUGCAAAUUCGACCACCCGGCGCUAUGUCCGCACAUGAGAGCAAAAUUUUGCGACGUCGCGAUAAGACAUUCGCCAGUUCGGCUGCACGUAGCCAUUCACAGCCACGCGAAGCAGAACGCCUCACUAGUCCAGAAGCAGAUGAGCUCAUUCGUACGGUCAAACAUCGUAGUCUCUCCUCGCCGCGACACAAGGAUGAGUCCAGUGAAAGUGAACUAACUGGCAACACCAUAACAGCAGCCAGCACUACUGCUAGAAAUAUCACCGACACCACCACCAAAAUUAGUCAACGCCAUUUGUCGCCACAUACACGUACGGCCGCCGAUGAAAACAUAAACCGACUAGAACAGAAUUUGCGCCGCUUCGAGGAGGAACGCAAGCGUUUCGAGUCGGAUAAGCGUCAAUUUGAGCGCGAAAAACGUGAUCACCGUUUGCGCUACAAACAGUUGCACGACAGCGACGACCGCAAGCGUCUGUUACAGAACUAUCGUAAACUCAGUGAUCGCAUACAGCUGCCAUCGGACGCGGAAGAACGUCGCCGCAUGGUGCACAGCCUGCGAUUGCAACGCAACGAAGCACCUGUGCUACAGCCACGUCACCGUCAUAGCGGCUACGAAGAGUCCUCUACACAAUUCUCCUCAUCAGAUGUAGACGAUGUAGAAGAGGUCAGCGUACGCAAAUUGGACAAGCAAACCCAUCCUGUGCGCCGUCAUGUGUCAGCCAUUACAGGGUCGGUGCACUACGUGGCCGAUGUACGUGGACCACCUCCUCAACCGCCGGAACGACGCAGCGCUAGCCGUAACCACUCACUCUCCCCCAUACGGCCACAAAGACGUUCAAAAACACCAGAGCAACGUGCGGAAAUAAUGCGACGAUUGGCCGAAAAUGAGGCUAAAACUAAUAGCAAAUCUGGUAGUAUAACACCUGAACCGCAGACGCCUGCCUCACCAGCAGAGCAAAAAAUGCCCGAUUAUCUGAAACCGCAAGCAGCAACAGAAAUGUUCGAAGUGCGUCGGCGCUACAGUGUGCCACGCAAGGACUCGCUCAUCGAAAUCGCUAAACGCAGAAAACAAAGUUUAGAGAAAGCUGAAAUGGAAGCUGAGUUGUUAGAUGCGGCUAAGGCUGCCGAAGCCGCAAGGAUUGAAGAGGAAGCGCGCAAGGCAGCAGCUGCCGUGCCACUAAUGACAACUCUGUUGUGCAAGUUAGUAGCUUUCUUCAGUAGCAUGCGCGCCGAGAAGAAGCAGGCAAUAGCAAAGCCAGAAAUUCAUUACGCUUCCGAAAAAUUGCUAUUGCCACAAGAUUUAAUUGCUGAAGAGCUACCCAAAAAUUUGCUCUCCAAAGAGCUGUUCCGUCAUCUAUACUGGGACGUACGUCAGCAAUGGCGGCGUAUGAAAACCGAUUACCCGAAAGAAAUACGCACAAUACGUCUUUUGCGCAAUAAAUGCAUUGUAGAGUUGGUUCUACUCAUCCUGCUCUGUGGCUUUGGCGGCCUAAUGUUCCGCUAUACCGAAGGUACCUCGGAAAAUAUCUACAAAUGUGAAGUGCGUAAGGUGAAACGAGAUUUUAUAGAUAAUUUGUGGACAGUUAGUCACAGUAUGAGGGAAGACGAUUGGAAAUCGAUGGCACGUCAGAAACUAAGGAAAUUUGAAGACGAAUUGAAUUUGCUAGCCGAAUUGGGUAUACGUCGAUACCCCGGUCAGAAGUCGUGGAACUUCGUAAAUUGCAUAUUAUUCUGUUGGACCGUUAUCACAAGUAUAGGUUAUGGUCAUAUUGCACCGGUGACUAAAUUGGGACGUUCAUUGGCCGUCGUCUACGCCAUAAUUGGUAUUCCACUAUUUCUUCUCAUUUUGGCGGACUAUGGUAAACUUUUCACGCGUGCGCUGAAGUUCUUGUGGGUCUACGUGCGUCGUUUGUACUACACCGGCACUUGCCACAAUAUACGAAAACAUCAGUCGGUGCGCGACGCUAUGAAAUUGGCGAAGCGUUCGAGUAUGUUCUUCGGACGCGAAAUGGAUAUUGAGUCGAGAACAACAUGUCCAGAAACACCGUCUUCGCCGUUCGACGAGACAUUUGAAGUGGAUGAUGAAUUUAAUCUCCCCAUCUCGGUGGCGUCCUUUUUGCUAAUCAGCUACAUAUUAAUUGGCGCACUAUUUUACUGUAUGUGGGAGGAUUGGACUUAUUUCGAAGCAUUUUACUUUGUCUUUAUCUCUAUGUCGACCAUCGGUUUUGGUGAUCUUGUACCCCAACAUCCGAUCUUCAUGAUGUGCAGCACACUCUAUUUAAUCUUCGGCCUGGCCCUUACAUCUAUGUUCAUCAAUGUGGUGCAGAUCAAACUGAGUGACACUUUCAAGCAGGCGUCGAUUAAGCUCAGCACGACUAUUGGCAUAGAAUUGCCGCCCGAAGGCGAAGUUGAUGGGGAAGGGGAAGCGGAAGGGGAAGUAGAAGAGGGUACUGAAACGGCAGCGAAUAAUAACGCAACUACAACUCGAAUAGAUGUUGACAGCCCCAAAGAGCCGACAGCACCACCAGCGCCUCCCAAACCGGCUACGAAUAAUGCGCAACACAUCGAAAGCCCACCACCAUUGCCAAGUCGCAAGCAAGAAGUGGAAAACGAAGUCAAGAAAAAGGGUUGGUGGUUUUGGUAGACAAAAUAUAGUUUUUAAGUGUAAGAAAAUCAUACUUUUAAACCAAUUUUUUUUAAUUUAUUAAUGCUUGAAAAAAUUAAUACUUGAAAACUUAAUAGAGGAUUGCUGGAGAAUAAAUUUUUACAUAAGGAAAUAAAUAUCAGCUUCUACGUAAAAUCUGAACCUGCGGCCGGCUGCGUUAUCUGCGGGCUCUGUAGAAAGCUUGAAAAGCUUUAAGUUUGACUGCACUUGUAACGAUUGAAGUUUUUUUGUUGUAACUUUUAAGACCUCUCUAUGUCCUCACGCCCACAUAUCACCGACGACCACUCACGAUCCAUAUAAAAUCAAAGUCUUUGCCAUAGUUUUAAGUUUAGGUGGACAAAAAUAUUUAACUAUUUUUAUAUACUCGUAUGUCUAUGCAGCUUUUGCAUAAGCUUGAAGGCGGAGAUUCGAGGCUUUUGAAAUCAAACCAAAAGUAAGAAUUAACUAAAUAACACAAAGUUUGAGUUAAACUAAUAAAGACCUGAUUAUUUGAAAAUGAUAAUGAAAUUUAAAAUAGAAAAAAAUUUAAUUUAUUUCCGAGCACAAGAUUUUUACUGAUUAAUAAAUUUGUUUUUGUUUUUAAAA